UAUACGUUGUAGGAACUCUUAAAGAUCCACGAAGGGAAUGACCUCCGAAAUAUUCCCAUUUUGAGAAUAAAAAAUCGUACAAAUUUUUCAAAUAUGCCAAUCCAGAACAAGGCGAAGAAGUUGUUAUUCCUGGAUUCGCGGGUAGAUUUCCAGAAUCCAAUAAUGUGUAGAAAAUGAGAGAUAAUCUAUUUAACUGCAAAGAUUGUGUCACCGAUGACGGACGUCGUUGGAAAUUAGAUAACAACUAUACCAAUUAUAUUUAACAGACUAAGCUAGUUAACAUUGAUAUUCUCCCAUCGUUAUAUUUGACAAGAUCAUUCAGAAAUUUCGAAGCAAAGCGGCAAAAUUAAGAACAUUGAGAAUUUCGAUGCCUCAUUUUUUGGAAUACAUUUUAAGCAAGCUCAUACGAAGAUCCUAUGAGUAGAAUGAUGUUCGCACAUACUUACGAAGCUAUAAUAGAUGCUGAGAUUAAUCCAGAAGAUAUUCGGGGAUUAAGGACAGGUGUAUUCAUAAGUGUCUGUUUCUCCGAUUCCGAGACAACUAUGCAUCACGGUAAUAAUCAGGUACUUCAAAAGAACAAACGAUGAAGGUACAGAUUAUCGAUUACUUAUACGGAUGGAUAAGACAAAGAAUAUGUCUCCUUAAAAAUAGGUAGAUGUUAUCGUUAUCACGAGCACUAGUAGAAAUAUGCUGGCUCAAAAUAUCUCCUAUUGGUUGGGAAUAACAGGACCAUCAUAUAACGUAGAUACAGCAUGUAGCUCUAGUCUUUACGCAAUGGAAAACGCUUACAGGGCUAUACGUAGUGGAGAAUGUGAUUAUGCGAUCGUCGGUUCCUCCAUACGUGUCUCUACAGUUUGUUCGUUUAGGGGUAUUGAAUCAGAAUGGUCACUGCAAGGUUUUCGACGAAGAUGCAAAUGAUUACACGCGCAGUAAAUGCGUCUCAGUAGUAUUUUUACAAAAAGUAAAAACUGCUAAGAGAAUCUAUGCUACGAUUAUUCAUGCGAAAACGAAUUGUGAUGGUUACAAGAAAGAAAGAAUAACGUUUCCAUCUAUGAAAAUGCAAAGUACUCUACUCGAAAAAUUCUACGAGGAAUGCGAUGUAUCAACUGCUUAUAUUCCUUACAUGGAAGUUCAUGGCACCGGAAGGAGAGUUGGAGAUCCUGAAGAAUUGAAUUCCAUUGAUCAGAUAUUCACUAAGAAUAGAGCUAAUCCUCUUAAAAUUGGUUCCAUCAAAUCGAACAUCAGACAUACUGAAGCAGUUAAUGGAAUUUGUUCCAUUGUAAUCGUUCGAAACAAAAAGCCCCGCAAUUAAGCAUUUAUUCAGGCGAUUAUAUCGAUGGAGUCUGGCAUAAUACCGCCAAAUAUUAAUUUACAUAGACUACGAAAAGACUUGAAAAGUUUUAGAGAAAGAUGGAUCGAUGUUGUUACCAAGCAAAUACCGUUAGAUGGUGAAUACAUAGCCAUUAAUUCAUUCGGCUUCGGAGAUGCUAAUGCUCACGUUUUACUAAAGUCAAAUCCGAAAAUAAAGAUCAAAAGAAGUUAAUCAGAUGAUGAUUUGCCUAGAUUCGUAGCUGUAUCAAAACGUAUUGCAAAAGUAGUAGAAACUAUAUUCAAUGCUGUAUGCAAAGAAAAUGAACAAAUUUUCUAAUAGGGAAUAUAAAGAUACAAAUUAUUAAGUCGUGCAUGUAAUAUUCCAACAAACUUAUCCAUAGAUCGAUAAACGACCGAUAGACAUUGAAUUUAUUCGCCUUCUUCACGAUAUUCAUUAUAAAGCAAUACCACAUCACUUAUAUCGAGGAUACGUCAUAAUUGAUAUUCAACAAUCUGACAGAAAAGUAAGGGGGACUGAAUAUUAUUCUGGUACGAAGAAACCAAUAUGGUUCGUCUACCAUGGAAUGGACUCGCAAUGAACUGGAAUGUGUAUGAAAACAAUUAUUUAAAUAUUUAUUUUUUAACUUUCAAAUCUAUAGAAAUAAUUAUUAUUGCAAUGAUUAAGUGUAUUAUGUGGUAUUGGAAAAUUAUUAGGUAAAAAUUUGAUGAAAUUUCCAACAUUUGCUAAAGCAAUAGAGAAAUGCGACGCUGCGUUAAAACCACGUAAACUCCAUAUUUAUGAGAUUUUAACUAGGACAGAUGUUAACAUAUUAGACAAUAUCUUGCACUCCUUCGUCG